AUGGAAAAGGCCAACCCGCCCAUAACACAGUCACAGAUGGGAUUACUUGAUCAAUCGCUAAAAGGAGUUACUGCUGGACAAAUCCGGGAAGUAGCCAGUGUUGAAAAAACUAAAGAAGAGACUGUGAAACGAUGUAUACGGAGCUCGCAAUCACCUGUUGAUAGACACAUUCCUGACUUUCAAGAUAAGCAAGGGGGUGUUACUUACAAGCAGCAGAGUAGCUUGGAGACGCAGGAAUGCACGUCAAGACUGCUAGUUAAAUCACAGAGAGGUUUGAUGGAUGGGUUCAAAAUUCUGCAACAGUCUAAAAACCCUUUCAUGGUACUGAAUCAUUAUCCAAUGCGAACAAGUUUUGUCAGCAGCCGGAUGCCCAGUGGUCCCACUGAUUAA